UAUUCAACAUGUGUAUGGAGCUCAGCAUCCACCUUUUGAUCCAUUGUUACACGGAACCUUGAUAAAAUCAGGUUCAAAGCCACCUACCACUCCAGUGAAACUCAAGAAAGUCAGCACCUUCCAAGAAUUUGAAAGUAACACAAGUGAUGCUUGGGACCUUGGGGAUGAUGAUGAUGAACUCUUAGCAAUAGCUGCCGAAAACUUAAAUACAGAAGUGGUCAUGGAAACAGCUCACAAAGUAAUUGAGAAUCACAGCAAGCUACAAGAACAGCAUAAAUUUCAAGAACAUCUACAGGAAGAAAAACAGGAAGAGGAAUCUGCUCAGCUGACUUCAGUUGCAUGUGGCGAUAAUAGGCUUGUUAAAUCAGUCAGUGAAGGUCAUACAUCGCGUAAUGCCAGUGAAAAUUCUUCCAUGCAGAGAUCACAGUCACUUCCACAAACUUCCACACCUCCCUUAGUGAGUGGAAUGGCAGACUACAACACCUCAGCUACUCCUGCAUUAACUGAAAGAGAAGCAUCCCGACUAGACAAAUUUAAGCAGCUACUUGCUGGCCCCAAUACAGAUCUCGAUGAGCUGCGAAAAUUGAGUUGGUCUGGCAUUCCCAAAUGGGUUCGUCCAAUUGCAUGGAAACUUCUUUCAGGCUAUCUUCCUGCAAAUGUGGACCGAAGAGAAAGCACUUUACAAAGAAAACGCAAAGAGUAUUUUGCAUUUGUUGAACAAUACUAUGAUUCCAGAAAUGAUGAAAAUCACCAAGAUACCUACAGACAGAUCCAUAUAGAUAUUCCACGUAUGAGUCCUGAAGUUUUAAGACUUCAGCCCAAAGUAACAGAGAUCUUUGAAAGAAUUUUGUUUAUCUGGGCGAUACGUCAUCCAGCCAGUGGAUACGUUCAGGGCAUAAAUGAUCUUGUUACUCCUUUUUUUGUGGUCUUCGUUUGUGAAUAUAUAGAAGAAGAAGAAGUGGAAAAUUUUGAUGUUUCCAGUCUGCCUGAAGAAGCGCUGCAGAACAUAGAAGCUGACAGUUACUGGUGCAUGAGCAAGUUGCUUGAUGGCAUUCAGGAUAACUACACAUUUGCACAGCCAGGAAUUCAGAAGAAAGUGAAAAUGUUGGAAGAACUUGUUAGUCGGAUCGAUGAACAAGUUCAUAGGCACUUGGAUCAGCAUGAGGUGAAAUACUUGCAAUUUGCUUUCCGUUGGAUGAAUAACUUGCUGAUGAGAGAAGUCCCUUUACGAUGUACCAUCAGGUUAUGGGACACAUACCAAUCUGAACCAGAGGGUUUUUCACACUUCCACUUGUACGUCUGUGCUGCCUUCCUUGUCAGGUGGAGGAAAGAGAUCCUGGAAGAGAAAGAUUUUCAA